CCGGCGGCUCGGGGCCGCGGACCCUGAGGCAGGCGGCGGCCGAGGCCCGGAGCCGGCAGGAGGCCGAGGGGACCAUGUCCGGGAGGCGCCUGCAGCUCUCCACCACCGAGCGCGCCAUCAAAGCUGUCCCCUUUCCUCCGACCCAGCGGCUUACUUUGAAGGAAGUAUUUGAGAAUGGGAAACCUAAAGUGGAUGUUUUGAAAAACCACCUGGUAAAGGAAGGUCGGCUGGAAGAGGAAGUAGCCUUAAAGAUCAUCAAAGAUGGGGCUGCCAUCCUGAGGCAGGAGAAGACCAUGAUCGAAGUGGAGGCUCCGAUCACAGUGUGCGGCGACAUUCAUGGACAAUUCUUUGAUCUGAUGAAGCUGUUUGAAGUUGGAGGCUCACCUAGUAACACACGCUACCUCUUUCUGGGAGACUAUGUGGACAGAGGCUAUUUCAGUAUAGAGUGUGUGCUGUAUUUGUGGAGUUUAAAGAUUAAUCAUCCCAAAACAUUGUUUCUGCUUCGAGGAAAUCACGAGUGCAGGCACCUUACAGAGUAUUUCACCUUCAAACAGGAAUGUCGAAUCAAAUAUUCUGAACAGGUGUAUGACGCGUGCAUGGACACGUUUGACUGUCUCCCUCUUGCUGCCCUCUUGAACCAGCAGUUUCUCUGUGUACAUGGAGGAAUGUCACCUGAAAUCACUAGUUUAGAUGACAUUAGGAAAUUAGAUAGGUUCACUGAGCCUCCUGCCUUCGGGCCAGUGUGCGACCUGCUUUGGUCUGAUCCCGCUGAGGAUUAUGGCAACGAGAAGACCUUGGAGCACUAUACCCACAACACUGUCCGCGGGUGCUCUUACUUCUUCAGUUACCCUGCAGUUUGUGAAUUUUUACAAAACAACAAUUUAUUGUCAAUAAUCAGAGCCCACGAAGCCCAGGAUGCUGGGUAUCGAAUGUAUAGGAAGAGCCAGGCAACAGGCUUCCCGUCGCUCAUUACGAUCUUCUCGGCCCCUAAUUACCUAGAUGUCUAUAACAAUAAAGCUGCUGUGUUGAAAUAUGAAAACAAUGUCAUGAAUAUCAGACAGUUCAACUGUUCUCCCCACCCCUACUGGCUUCCGAACUUCAUGGAUGUUUUCACGUGGUCUUUGCCUUUUGUUGGGGAGAAAGUCACAGAGAUGCUGGUUAACAUCCUGAACAUAUGCUCUGAUGAUGAACUGAUCUCAGAUGAGGAAGCAGAAGGAGGCACUUCAGUUCGGAAAGAAAUCAUCAAGAAUAAGAUCAGAGCCAUUGGGAAGAUGGCGCGGGUCUUUUCAAUCCUGCGGGAAGAGAGUGAGAGCGUGCUGACUCUCAAGGGCCUGACCCCCACAGGCACCCUCCCCCUGGGCGUCCUGUCUGGAGGGAAGCAGACUAUCGAGACGGCCACAGUAGAAGCCGUAGAGGCCCGGGAAGCCAUCCGAGGGUUUUCGCUUCCGCACAAGAUCCGGAGUUUUGAAGAAGCCCGAGGUCUGGACCGAAUUAAUGAGCGCAUGCCACCCCGGAAAGACGGCGUACACUCGGCUGGGCCAGUGAAGUCAGCGACGCCGGCACACCCGGACACAGCGCACAGGAGCGAGCUGGGGAGGAGAGCCCAGCAGUGACUCGGGGCCUGCUGUGGCGCAGGGGGAGUCAACACCAAGAAGCUUAAUUUAUUUAUUAUUGGAAAACGCAACAGCGGCCACUCAGCCCCACGUGGAGGUGCACCCAUAUCCAGUCGGCAUUUAUUCUGUACGGAAGGUGACCAUUUUGUAAUUCCUUUUAAUUUAUGUUCAGUAUAUAUGUAUAUAUACAAAAGUGCAUCUAUUUUGUUUUGCCCUGAGUUUUAGAAACAAAUCUCAUUGUUGUCAGUAUGUAUGUGGAGUCUUGUGUAUGAAGGGGGCCUUCCCCUAAUAAAAGGGCCUUGGAAACCUCCGUCCUGGGUUUCUCACUCAUACUAGCCAUCGCCUUUACUCUUGUUUUUUAGAAGCUCAUAGCUUUCAUCUAAGACUCAUAACUUUUCAAAUACAAGAAUGUUUUUUUCCUUGUCAUUUUUACCCCUUCCUGCUGGGUGCCAUUGAAGACAGUCCUCUUAGAUUUCAGUCUGAAGCUGCUUCGCGCUGGUGGAAGACUUCAUUGUACUAGAACCUGAAAGUGAAUAACCGGCCCAGUGCUCUCAGGGCCGAGGGGAGUGAUUUCCCUGAGAACCCACUUUUCCUGGACUCUUAGUUCCUUUUACUAUGUUCUAGUAAGGAAACAUUUAAAACAAGGAAGGAUUUUCCUAGAGUUACUUAAAAUGUGUCGAUCUAACCAUAGACACGAUUGAUGUAUAAAAUUUCCUUAGAGCCUUGGAGACGAUUUUGAAAAGAACUUGAAAUAUUGCCAGAUCCUUUGGCCUUCGUUUUCGGCCCCAGGUGACCUGGCCAUCUGCAAGGCGGGUUCCGUUUCUAAGCUCGCACAGCGCCCUCCACAGAGCCGUCAACAGUAAGGAGUAUGUGUGCCCACUGUGCUUGCCUUGGCAGUCGCUGCUGUCGGCUCCAUCAGCCUUCAGUCUUUCAUGUCUGUCAUUCCAAAAUCACGGAGGCCAGUGGACGCUGAUGCACGGAGUGAUCUCCCUGGGAACUCAAAGUCUUGCUACAGGGUAUUGGACGGGAGAGGAUUUCCUGUCUACCAAGCACUGGGUGUUUCUCCGUCUCCAACUCUCAUUAGGUUGAACCGUAUGUCAACCUCCAUAGCAUAUUCUGGAAUAUAAAACCAAAUACUCAAAUAAAGGGAAUGAUCUUCCCUUGUUUUCCAAGUGACAGCCAACUAGUGAAGGAAAUUGGGGGGACACUUGGGCCCCCGUUUUUGGUUUCUGCUGGUCACAGGUCCCGUGUCAUAAUAGCUAUCGUCAGCUCUGCGGCGAAUGCCCACACUGCGCGCGGCAGCAGAGCGUGGAAGACGUACGUGUCUGGAACCGCGUAGUGCGCCCCUGGAAGGUGAGAGUCCAGCGUCGAAGCAGGGAUCGCAGACAGUCGCGACGCGUGCUGGCAGCUUCAAGGCAACAAUAAGGGGACAUCAUUGCUGUUUAACUUUUCGUAAGAAGAAUGAAGACAGCCCAUCUUUCUGUUUUCUUACACCUUUUGCUAACAGCACCGAAUUUGCUUAUGUAAGAGAUCACAGCAUUUUGAAGGGCUGGGAUGUGCCUGCGUGGAUUGCCCUGUUAAUAAGAAGCUAGGAAGGAGACGCAGGCUCCUCCGCUGGGUUGUGAGUAAACGCUGUGAAAGGAGAAAGACCCCAGCAGCUGUCUUUGCUGACCUUCCUCUCAUGCUCCUUCCUCCUCCUGCUCGCUCCCGCAGCCCCAGGGUGUGAAAGGUGCCCUGGGGAACCUUUCCCGAUGGCACGUGGUGGAGGUUCCGUUCUUGUCACGGAAGCCAGGGUUACCCACACACACCGCACAGGGUGCUGCAGAGCCUCCAUCCGCAGGCUGUGCUGAAGUAGUUAUUGCAAAUCCUUAGUAGCAAAAAGUCGGGUCUCUAGCUUACCAGGAUGAUUACUUGGGAAUGUCUUCCUAGCUUCUCAAGUGUCCUGUUCCUGGAGGGUGUGUUCCUCAGGUACGUCUGUGCUGUUGAGGGGUCGGCCACAGGAGACAGGUGAGAAGCACAAUUUAACAUAAUGCAGCAUCAGCUCUUGAUGGAAGCUAGUUUGAAAAUUCUGUUGAGAUUUUUUUUUUAGGAUUUAUAUAUUUGAAAGAGUUACAGAGAGGGAAAGACAGAAAGAGAGAGAACUUCCAUCUGCUGGCUCAUUCCUCAGAUGGCCACAACGACCAGGUCUGGGCCAAGCUGGAGCCAGGAGCUUCUUCCAGGUGUCACACGUGGGUAGCAAGGGCUGAAGCACCUGGGCCAUCUUCCACUGCUUUUCCCAGGCCAUUAGCAGGGAGCUGGAUGGGAAGUAGAGCAGCUGGGACACGAACCGGUGCCCGUAAUAUGGGAUGCUGGUGGCCCAAGCAGCAGCUUUACCAGCUAUGCCACAACAAUGGCCCCCGGAAACUCUGUUGAGUUCUAAGGGAAAGAGACUUCUACAGAAUGGGUGGGAGUACAUUUCAGCAGGAUACAGAUGGCCUUUUAACGUGAGGCUCCCUUGGGCUAGUGCUGUGGCUUAGCAGGAUAAGCUUCUGCCUGUGGCCCCAGCGUCCCAUAUGGGCGCCGGUUUGAGUCCCAGCUGUUCCGCUUCCAGUCCAGCUCCCUGCUGAUGCACCUGGGGAAGCAGUGGAAGAUGGCCCAAGUGCUUGGCACCCACGUGGGAGACCUGGAAGAAGUUCCUGACUUUGGCCUGGCUGUUGCAGCCAUUUAGGGAGUGAACCUCCUCUCUCCUCUCUCUGUGUAACUCUGACUUCCAAGUAAAUAAAUAAAUAAAUCUUUAAAAAUAAAUAAGUAAAUAAAAUGAGGCUCUCAGUCGAUGUAUAGUACCUACAUAGGUGUUUGCACCUGUGACUCCAAACAGGAGACAGCAUGAACCUUAGGAGUACCAAGUUCAAGACACCCCGUGUUAGUGUCUGUGUUCUGACAGGAAGCCAAGGCAUGCCCAUGCAUAGGAUGCUAAAACAAAAACGCCCUCGGCGCCCCUUAGAACUUCAGGGUGGCAGUUUGGUUAUGGGUACAGACACUGCUGAUUGCUGGCCUGCUGUGAUGAGAUACGGACCACAAAGUGAAAGCUGCAUCACACUCUGGGGGGCUUGGGGCGGCCCCUUGCCCAGGCACAGGGAGUCAGUGUGUUCCGUGCCCUUUACCUGGACCUGCACUGCCUUUCUCUGUUCUUCCCUGAACAGCUGCAACUCGCGGAGCACUAGCAAAGGGUCGCUAAGUUAAGGAUGACUUCCUGACACCUCCAAAUGGGAAAUGAAAAGCCCGGGGCUGUUUGUCGGUGGAGGAGUAUUUAAUGUCCUUGGGAAGCGGUGGCUAAUUUCUUGAAACUGGCCUUGGCAUUGUCCCUUAGCUUCUCUUCUCAGUGGUUUAUUUUCUUUUAAAGAUUCAUUUAUUUUUAUUUGAAAGGCAGAGUUACAGAGGGGCAGAGGCAGAAAGAGGUCUUCCAUCCGCUGGUUCACUCCCCAGAUGGCCACAACGGCUGGAGCUGGACCAACUUGAAGCCAGGAGCUUCUUCCAAGUCUUCCACAUGGGUGCAGGGGCCCAAGUGCUUGGGCCAUCUUCCACUGCUUUCCCAGGCCAUAGCAGAGAGCUGGAUGGGAAGUGAAGCAGCCGGGACUGUGCCAUGUGGGAUGCCGGAGUGGUUAAGGAUCUCUCAGAAAGAUGGAAGGCGUGCCUCCAGGAGAUAGGGCUUGCCAUCACUCACGGGUCUCUGUAGCCCCUCAGAGUGGAGAAGGCCGAACUCUGUUCCCUCCGCCCUCCCUCGCUCUGUGUAAAUAUUGUGGCUGAUCUCUAGAAUUUUAGCAUACCACAUCUGUAAGUACAAAAUUCAGAUUCUUGAGAAUUGUGUACAUCCUGACUCGUCGAGGUGACCAGCCAGCCAAACUGGUUUAGGAAGAUCUCCCCCAGAUUGACUUCAUUCUAGUUUUGCUUUGCGUCAGUCUCCCCAAGCUAUAUGGAAAGGUAUCUCCUAACCCAUGAAGCCUUGUGCAGGUACCCUUCUAGAAUCCCCAGUGUUACUCUGGUUGCUACAGUAACGAUAGAACCCAAGCUUCUUUCAGAGCAUUUUUUAGCUUUCUCUACAGAGGCAGAAAAGUCACCGGCGGGAGGGAGACCCCAGAGCCCCCUUGGGUAGGCAGCUCCAUUUCCUAAAGUAUCUGUGGUUAUAACUGUGGGUCCCAUCUUGUGUGGCACCGGCCCCCACCUUUCCUGAAGUCUGUCAGGAAGGGAGUGAGGGGCAGCCGAGGAAGCCCCAGCAAUGGGUUGAGGAGGGUCCGGGUUCCAUAGGGGACAGUUCCGAAGCAUUGUGUUGCCAUAGUCCCUUCGGGGCACUGCCACCAUCAGCCGCUCGUUAGGAGCGAGCAGAUGUGUGUAGAGGGAGCAAGUGGAAGUCGGAGGACAGGGCUGUCGCAGAGGACUGUGCUGACAACGGGGCUUUGUGCCGCUGGCAGAGUGUAAAAGAGGGCGCCCAUGUUAGCCUGGGACCUGGGCCCUGGCCUGCCUCUCUCCAGCCCGCCGGAGUGAAUGGGGUCAGUGCUGGCUGCCUCAUCUAUGCAGUCACAAAGGUGAAGAGAGGAUCUUCCCUCCUGGGAGGCCUUGGCCUCAGGCCCCAGAGCCUCUGCGAGACUUGCUGAAUAACACCUUUGUUCGAGACAGGGUCCUGCAUCUUGUCUUCGCCCUCAUGACCAGUCUGGGCGGCUUAAGAUCGAGAAGAGAGGACACGGACGUGGGCCACCCCUCUGAGCAGCUGUAAAGUAGGGCCAUGCACACUGCCUGCCUGUAAGUUCUCGCCCCCUCCCCUUCCCUCCCUCCAAGGAGUUCUCUCUGAAUACCCACCCCAUUCCCUGCUUUUGUGGGUUCCUUUGCAUGUUGAAGUGAAGUGCAUAUCAUGAGGAGGCCUACUGUGGCCUUGGAUUUGGGAGCAACGCAGGUGCAUUCUUAGCUGCCACAGAACCUUCUCGGACAUGCCGUCGUGAGCACUUCACUUCCCCCUCUGGGUAGGCCGUGGCCCAGAGCUGUUCUCCCCAGUGGGCAUGUCAGCAGACGUUUUCCCAGAGAGGCUCCCAGGUGGCCAGGCGUAGGAGACUGGCUGUGGCGUCACUUUUUCCGAGGUUCUUCUGGGUGAUGGAUUAUUUGUUUGUGCUUGGAGAUUGCCUUCUGUUUCCUGGUUGCAGUGAUGUUAAAGAAAAUGUUGGCCGUGUUACUUAUUGGAAGAGAAACCAUUUAGUCAGCCUCUUUGUGCACCAGGAAUUACUUUGUCAGAACUUUCUUACUGUGUAUUAGAAGUUAUCUUUAAGAUGGGAGGGAAAAAAAAAACAAAAAAACCUUUAAAAUUAA